AUGCCUAAGAAGGCUAGCAGGAUUGAGUCCACAAAAAGAAGAAAAUUGGAAAAGGAUAGUUCACGGACUGAAAAAAUCUUCAACCACAAAUCCUAUGUCACCUUCCUUACUGGCUGCUACAGUUGCCACUGGAAAUUCAGACAGUGGGAAAAAACCAAACUUGGAUCGUGUUGCUAUUCUCGGACAGAGCAAGUCUUUUUUGUGUUGCUGGUCCUUUCAUUUGUCUUAUCUGUGAUUUUGCUGUUCAUGUGGAUAGAACUCUCAAAUGAAUAUUUUGGCCUUGACUGGGCCAUUUUUCUAGGAACAGGAAUCUGGGUCUUCAGUUCCAUAAUUUUUCUGAGUAUACUUGGGACCCUGACUGCCUAUACUUCAUUGCUGGUGGUGGUAGGAGUUUUGUUGCUUCGGGAAAGAAUCGAACUGUACUUGCACAAGUGUCAUAAGGUCCUGAUUGUGCUGGUGAUUCUGCUGUACAUCUGUUUUAUGUUUGUUCUGUUUCAAUUCUGGAAUGACAUGUGGCUCACCUUUGGGCUGUCACUGAAGAUCUUUGCUCCCUACAUACACCUGUGCAGCAUAACUGUGAUGGUUUUCCUUUCCUGGCCUUUGACCUACUAUGUUGCCCGUUUGGAAAGAGAAGUUAGAGUAAGAAGAUACAGGAUGACAUACUAUGAGAAAGAAAGACUCAAGAGAUGUAAUAUAUUCACAAGGUUAAGAGCUCUACAGAUGGCUGCCGGAUUGCCUUUUCUUCUUAUCCUUGUAUGUCUUUAUUUGAUGCCUCUGGGGAUUUAUUCUCCCUGCAUUCAGAAAAAGGAGGAUUUGGGACCCAAACCAGUCUUCUUUGCACAUAGAGGUGCACCCAUGCAUGGGCCAGAGAAUACCAUGAUGGCCUUUGAGAAAGCUGUUGAAUUUGGGGCCUAUGGGCUGGAGACUGAUGUGCACUUAAGUAUUGAUCAUGUGCCUUUCCAUAUGCAUGACUUUGACUUGAGAAGAACGACCAAUAUCAAGGAGGUCCUGCCAGAAGCUGCAUUUCAGCAUCCUGCUCUCUUCAAUUGGACAUUCCUGUCAACUCUGAAUGCAGGCAGAUGGUUUAUAGACCCCUGGCGCAAACCAUUUUUCAAUAUGAAACCUCUAUCAGAGGCUGAUAAAAACAGAGCAAGAAACCAGUCGAUUCCAAAACUAGAUGAUUUAUUGGAACUUGCAAAGAAGGCAAAUAAAUUUGUGAUAUUUGAUCUUUAUGGCCCUCCAGCGAAACAUCCUCUCAAACACUCAUUUGUUAAGCAUGUAACAAAGGUGAUCCUUGACUCUAAAAUUGAGCCACAUCUGAUUUAUUGGUUGUCAACUCAUGAUAGAAAGUACGUCAGGGAGACAGCACCUGGUUUUCAGCUGGUGGGCCGUUUAUACACCAUUAAAGAACUUAAGAAAGAAAAUAUCAGUACAAUAAAUGUUGACUACAAGAAUUUGUUCUACAGAGGGUUUAGAGAUUAUAAAGCAGCUAACAUCAACAUCAACUUAUACCUGGUCAACGAGCCUUGGCUCUUCUCACUGGCCUGGUGCUCCAGGAUUGACUCGGUGACCACAGACAACAUUCCGCUCCUGAGUCAGCUUGAUUCCCCUCACUUCUUCAUGACACCAGGAUACUAUAUGUUCAUGUGGCUUCUCUUGGAUGUUAUUUCUGCAGCUUUCAUUGUUGGCAUAUUUUGUUUUCACUGGCGGAGAGAAAUGAGAAAAGAGAAAGUUCAAGAAAGCACUAGCACUCCAUCAGACACAUCAGCAGGAACUCCACACUUAUCUGUAGAACCUCCUUCCAGAGUUAUGGAAAGCCCUUGGACUCUAUCAGCCCUCCACCCAGCUUUAAACGAGGAUGUAAAUAAAUACCCAGGAACUUUCCAUUCUUCAUUAGCCCCCAGGAAAAAACCGGUGCUUGUCAAGAAUACUGUCACUCCACUAAUACCUGCCAAGUUUGAUGUUCAAUCAGUGGUGCCUAGUGGGGUCUCUGAACACACCCAAGCAUCUAUCCGGGAGCCUACCAGCAAUACUGACCUCCAAAGCACAUUGUCCACAUUGAAGGUGGAUGAAUCAGUGCCCCCCAUAGAGAUUCCCAUUGCUGAAGCCUCCAGUGAAUCCUUUGUAACGCUAUAUUCUACCUCGUCCAAUGGAUCCUUCACCUAG